AUGACCUCCUAUCCUGCUUCGAGUCUCUGUCUUGUUCUGUUGCUGUCCCUGCAGCAGCCGCUUGUGCAAGCUCACAAUAACAAACUCUUGCGUUCUGCUGCUACUGCGGAUCACCACUACCAUGUCGUCGAUUGGUCCAACGUAACGGCCACCUCCAAGACAAUGGCGACCUUGCAAGUGGUGGCGAAUCCCAUUUUGAAUACUGCGAUAUCCCCCGUGGCCAAGCGUCUCUUUGAGAAUUUGAAUCAUUUGCAGGCCGAUCUGGUCCGUUACGUACCUUGGUUUCCUUAUCCGCACUAUGGCGUGGCGGAACUGGAUCCUCCCAAUGUCACGACCCAAACCACCUCGUGGAAUUUCAGCAAAGAGCUAAAACAAGAGUUUCUGGAUACCUUUCGUGCCGUCACAUCGCCACCGCCGGAUACUGAUGCAGAUACAGACAAGACGCACCAAAAGAAGAAGAAGAAACGCAUGGUCAUUAAUUUCAGCACACAGCCCACGUGGAUGUUCAACACAAGUCACUGGAGUUACAGUCAAGAUCCCAAUCAUGCCGAUUGGAAUUACAUCAAAGGCAGAUGGAUCAAUAGUACCACUCAGUUGGUGGCCGAUUACUAUGGUCGAUUGGCGGAAUGGAUCGUUCUGGGACACUUUGUGGAUGAAUUCGGGCACAAACACACGGGUGGACCUGCCUUGCAGGACGAUGUCACGCAUUGGGAAAUAUUUAAUGAACCCGAAGGAGAACACAGCAUUACACCGCAACAAUACAAUGCACUCUAUGAUGCCAUUGUACGAGCCAUUCGAGUCAAAGCUGAUCCACAGAAAAAGAUUCAAUUCAUGGGCAUGGCGUUAAUGGGCCACAGGGAAUGGGAUUAUUGGAAGGGAUUUCUCACACCCGAAAAUCAUGCGGAAGAUGUCCGUGAUGCCGUGGCCAAUGGAUAUGCAUCCUUUCAUUGGUAUACGCAUUGUUCCAAUCGGACCAAUGCAUCGACAUUUGAAGAAGCCUUUGUCCGCAUUCCAUCCUUUCUCGAGGAAAUUGAUGAGAUUGUUCGUCUGCGAGAUUCCUUGUCACCAACCACCCAAUUGGCAUUGAACGAAGCCGGAGUCAUUCCAGUCAAAGACAAUGAUCCCAAUGCCGCAGCGUUGCCACCCGUCUACUUUAACAUGGCCGCCGGACUCUUUACGGUGUUGAUCUCGGAACUCUCUCGCAAGGGUGUCGAAGUGGUGGGAUCGUCCCAAUUCUGUGGUUGUCCGGCGUUGCCACAAUGGCACAUUCUCGAUCGACAAUUCCCCGGUGUCAGCAUGACCAAUUGGACCACCGGAGAAGGCAAUCCACGGUAUUGGGCAUUGAAACUAUACUUGCAGUAUUUUGGACCCGGAGACAAGAUUGUGCACAGCAGCGAGGCACACCUGGACGACAAUAGUAAUGACGAUGAUGUCUAUGUCCAAGGACGAAUUACGCAUCGAGGCAACAAUUAUGUCGUCAUUGUUGUCAACAAGACCAAUCGAGAGCAGCGUCUGACACUCAAGCAUUUGAGUGGAGCACAUGUCAGUCUCGUGGACGAAUCGACUCAUGAUACCGCAUGGAAGGAAUUCACAUCUCAUUCGGACACGCUCGUGCUGGGGAGAUUUGCCGUGGCGGUGGUGCAUGUUACACAGAUGAUGAUGCCGGAGGAAUUAGAAACGAGGGCAGAAGAGAAGUAA